GCCAGAGCCGAAAAACCGCAGCAGCGCUUACAGUCACGGGCGCCCACCUGGGCAGGACAGGAGUACAGGACACUGCCAUUGCCCUUCCCCGCCGCGCCCCCCCCCCCCAAGACCCCAGUACUCCACUAACACUCAUCAGCGCGCCGCGGGGCGCGGGCGGACGUGCGGCGCUCCUCGGACGGCCGCGAUGGCGGAAGUGGCGGCGCGGCGCGCCGUCGGCGUCCCAGCAGGGGGCGGCGGCGACCAGGCGAACCUUGCGGCGGUGGCGGCGGCUAUGCGGGGGCGCGGCGAGGUGGACACGUCGUCGCCGUUCCAGUCAGUGCGCCAGGCCGUCGACCUGUUCGGCGGCGGGGCUGCCGCCGUCUCCCAGUGGCGCCACCCGCAGGCUCCGCCGCGCGUCCACCUCCGCCCAGAGGAAGAAGAACUUAUGAAAGUUGAGGAACAAACAGUGAAGCUGGAGAUGGAACUGUUCGUUAAGGAAAAGGAAACAUUUAAGGUCUUGAAGGAACUACAGGAAACAAAGCAGGUUAUAGAUGGCUUGAAAAUACAAAUAGAGAAGGUAACAUGGGAGGACACAAAUGCUGCAAAAGGCCAUGCUGAUACAGGGAUGGUACAUCCACUUCCUGCUGUCGAACAAAAUACCGAGCCACCAGUCCAGAGCGCAAAAGGUACACAGUCCCCACUAACCACGUUGAUCAAGCUCAAUCAGGCAAAAGCAUUCCUUAACACGGAUACCGUCAACAUGCUAAAGAGCCAGAUACAGAAGGAGAAAGGCUCGCUUGAGAAAACCCGCGAAAGGUUACAAUUCAACCUGGGGAAGGCUUCAUCGUUAGAAGCAGAUUUGACGAAAACUGUCGCACGGCUGCAAGCAGCAAAAGCUCCACAGCCUGUCCUUGAGCCUUCUGAAAUCUGGUUGCAGAUGAAGCACCUGAAUGCUGACAAGGCGAGGCACAAGAAGGCGUCAGAGGAUUUGAGGAACGAGAUCUGUGAGCUGACAGCUGCAAUCGAGCACACGAGGUCUAAGACGAAGACUCUGCAGUUCAGAAUCCUCAUGGCUGAGAAACUGAAGGAAGCUUCCCAACGUGGAGAAUCUGUUGCUCUUGCAGAGAUGGAAAAACUGAGCAACGGGCGGGACCCGAACGGCAGUACUUCUGAUGCUGUCACACUCUCCGUUGAGGAGCACUCCACGCUCGUGCUCAAAGCGCAAGAAGCGGAUGGUGCCGCCAGGAAGAAAGUGGACGCGGCAAUGCAAGGGCUCGAUCAAGCAAACCGGUGUAAGCUCGAACUCUUGGAAAGAGUAGAGGAAGCAAUGGCGGCUGUCGAGACGAGCAGGAAGGCUCUGGAGGAGGCCCAGAGGAGGGAGGAGUCAGAGACCAAGGCAAAGCUAGUAGCCGAAGAGACGCUCCGAAAGCUGCGGUCGGACCAAAUAAUCCAGAACUGGCGCCCGACCAACAGCAGCUCCGUAAAAUUCAAGAACACGGCGCUGCUGGCGCCCCGGAGAGCAGCAGCGGGCGCUGGGAUAUACGACGUGAACGGCCUGAGCCUGGUGGCCGCCGGGCCGAACAGCGUGAAGACGGUGUCCAUCGGGCAGAUCCUGAGCAUGAAGCUGGACCGCGAGCUCGAGAUGACGAGGACGACCACGACGAGCGCGAGGAAGAAGAAGGUCUCUCUCGGGCAGAUCCUGAGCCAGAAGUACGAGAUGUUCUCCCCGCUGCGGAUCGACCACGACUGUGCCUCGCACAGGCAGUUCCAGCAGCCGAGGAGGAAGAGGAUGGGCUUCGUCGUGUACGCGCUGCUGCUCGCGCGGCAGAGGCAUAGGAGGCGGAAGGCUGCCUCCUGCACUCGUGGUGGCUUGAGCUAGCUAGCUAGUUUGGAUGGUCGGUGGGUGCUCAGCCGCGUCGUAGUCGUUUAUAUGCUUUUAUUAAGAGAUAAGCGAUCGGAAUAAUCGUUAUAUUUGUAAUAUAGCUAGUUCUAUGAACAAAAAGUUGGUAUUUUUAGCAGCU